AUGGGGUCAUCUGUGUCCAAGGCUGCCCUCGAAGCGACCAAGGAUGAGCUCGUGGAACCAGACUCGAGACACCUAGAUGAUCUCACGCACUACAUUAACGCAUCAAACAUGGGUGUCAAACGCCUGGCAGAUGUUCUUUCUCAGAAGGCGAAGAGCAGCAGCUGGGUAGUGGUGUUCAAAGCCCUGGUUACUGUUCAUCACCUUAUGGUGCAUGGAAACGAGCGUUUUAUCCGUCAUCUUGCAUCUCGAAGCUCUUUGUUCACUUUACACAGCUUCCUGGAUAACAGUGUCGUAGAAGGCUACGCCAUGUCCACCUUCAUCAGACGAUACAGCAGGUUUUUGAAUGAAAAGUCACUCGCAUAUAGACUGAUCGGAUAUGAUGUCACCAAAACCAAGAGAGGGCUGGAUGGCUUCAUGAGAAAUAUGAAUACUAAAGACCUGCUAAACACACUUCCAGUUAUUCAAACUCAGUUUGACGCUCUUCUUGGUUUUAAUGCAAAUGCAAAUGAACUAACUAAUCGUAUAAUACAUGCUGCUUUCAUGCUCCUCUUUAAGGAUUCUCUUCGCCUCUUUGCAGCCUAUAAUGAGGGAAUUCUCAAUGUGCUAGACAAGUUCUUUCACAUGACGAAGCGCCAGUGCAACGAAAGUCUGGACAUGUACAUCCAGUUCCUCGCAGGAACAACCAAAUUUGAACAGUUCCUGAAGGUUGCAGAGCAAGUUGGAAUCGACCAGAACAACAUUCCAUAUCUUGCUCAGGCACCCAACAGUUUACUUGAAGCACUAAAACAGCACUUAGCUUCAUUGGACGAGAAAAAUGAAGUUUUUCCUCCUUACAGUCUCCAGCACUCAUUGAUUCACUCCAUCUCAAAGAGUUCAAUUAUGAAAGUUUCAUCAAGGCAAAAUUGGUUUUCAGGUCACAAACCUAUUAAAACCAGACAUCGUCAUGGAGCAAGCACAGAAAACAAGCUGGAUGACUCAUUUGCUAACCUUGUAGAAAAUUUUAAACUUGAAGAAAUCCCAGUCAACAAAUCUGACAUGAAUUGCCAUCAAUCUUCAGAGGUGGAGUUUACUGAGAGACUAAACUGGCAGUUGACUAUGGAGGACUACCACUACACAUCAGACCUUUGGAAUCCUGUUUCUGUUUCUCCCAUUCUCCACAUGGUACCAGUCCCAGUACCCUGUCCAGUGAAUUCAGAGCAAGAGCCUGUGUAUGGAGUGAUUCCAGCUUCAGUGGGAGCUCCUUUCCCAAUAUCACUUCCAUCCAUGGAUUAUACCCGGCAAGACUUAGAGGCCAACAAACCUCCCACUCGCCUCACAGAACAUUAGUAGGUACAAUUCAUGUAGAAGUACCGAAGCAAAACCACUGGAAUUCAGUGAUGGGGGGAAAAAAAUGGUCAUCUCUCUACAACCGGAACAAAAUCAUCCACAUCUUCCAAGUAAAAUAAACAUGCAAUACUGUUGAGAUCUCUCCAAUUCAAUAUCUUGGAGGUGAUGCAUUCUAUUUCUCUUGUUUAACUAGUUAUUCUUCAAAAUGAUCAAAACCUAAAGUUAGUAUCUUACUCUUCCUUCCAAAAUAACAUUAGGAACUUAGGACACUUUUACAUUUUUAAAUUACAAGGGCAUUUCUAACCAACUUGUAUAGUCUGGUGGUCAAAUAUUUUACACUUCUGAAAUUAAGAGUAUUAGUAUUUAUAGAAACAGUUUUUGUUUAGAUUUAGCUAUGUGUUUAGAAUUUGUUGUUUACUACCCCUUCUUGCAUUGAAAUAAUUUCCCUCUCCUUUAACAUCUUUUAGAAGUUCAUUUACUUUAU